AUGGCAACACAGUGGCAGCCCCGUGAUGCCAAGCUGGAAGACGUCCAAGGCAUGGUCAGAACUGAUUUCAGCGCCUUCGCAGGCAAUCCCCAGCGAGAACAGAGAGACGGUCCGGAGAAAACCAGGGUUAGACUUUCAGACAAGUAUGCAAAGUACAUCAACAAUCCUCAGCGAUACAAAACAAUUGUCGUCGAGCUCAAUGGCGUCAUCAUAUCCAUCGGCGUCAUGGACUUGAAACCAUUGGAAGAAGGCAUAACAACGCCAACCAGAAAUGGGGAGUACUAUUCAUAUAAUGAUGUGUUUCUCACAUACUUCGCCAAGUAUGGGGAAAAAUUUGCAAUGUUACGCACCUUGGCUACCCAUGAAGACAACCAGCGCCAAGGCUGUGGCAAAGCUAUUUUCGAGUCAUUGAAGGCGGUGGCAGGUGUGGGUGAGGGGCGGGUGAUUACGGUGUAUUCCAGCGCAAAGGGGCAAGCCUUUUACGAGAAAGAAGGCUUCGAACUUGCGGGAUGCUGCGGGGAAAAGCCCAAGGUGGCUACUGGCUAUAUACUCCACGGAUGUAACUGA